UCAAACCAUUUGAAUUGCUUUCAUUUAAAGUUGCUUUUUUUUGUGCAUUUUGUUUUAACACACACACACACACCCGAACUUUGCGGCACACACAGGACAUCAGAAAAAAGAAGGAUUUCAAGUGCAAAUAAUUUUCGGCGAUCGGAGUGCACAGAUUUGGACAGCUGCUGCUGUUGCUGGUGAGCGUGUUCACUCAACAGCAGCAACAGCGGCAGCAGCAACAGGACGAGGCAAGUUGCAAGUGGUGCUGCCAACGGCAACCAGUUUUACUAGUUAAAGAGUUGUGACUUUUUUUUGGGGGCUGCUAUAAAAGCGAAACAAUAACAAUAACAGGGACGACAGCCUUUGUUGGUUCAAUAACUCGCAGUCAAAAAUCCAAACAAACGCUAAGGCAACGCCAAGUCAAUGUUCGGUCAUGUCAGAGUGUAUAGCGGAGGUGGCGGUGGUGGGGGAGGAGGCGACGCUGCCGUCUGCUGCACGCCCGAGUGGACGCCAUCGUGGCGCAUUGCCAGUCUACAGCCAACCAUCGAACAGAGCGUUGCCAUCAUGUACGGCCGAUUGCCCGGCGCUGGCAAUGCGAAUAACGGCGGAGCGGGCGCGAAUCAAGCGCAUGAUCGUAUCAAGAUUGGAUUCUGCACGGAUCUGGAUAAAUCGGUGCUGGUGAAUAACUUUGAGAAACGCGGCUGGCAUCAGGUGAAUGGCGAUGAUGAUUGGCAUUUCUAUUGGGCCGGCGUGCAGACGUGUCGCAACAUCUUCAGCGUGGAUAGCGGCUAUCGAAUGCAUGACAAUCAGAUGAUCAAUCAUUUUCCCAAUCACUAUGAACUCUCACGCAAGGAUCUGCUAGUGAAGAACAUUAAACGCUAUCGUAAGGACUUAGAGCGCGAUGGCAAUCCGUUAGCUGAGAAAACCGAAUCGAAUAAUUCAAGUGGCACGCGUUAUGUUUAUCUGGAUUUUGUGCCCACCACAUUUGUGUUACCGGCGGAUUACAAUAUGUUCGUCGAGGAGUAUCGCAAGUUUCCGCUAAGCACUUGGAUCAUGAAGCCGUGUGGCAAGUCGCAAGGCGCGGGCAUCUUUCUCAUCAACAAACUGUCCAAACUGAAGAAAUGGUCUCGCGAAGCCAAGGGACCAUUUCAUCCACAGAUCGCCAAGGAAUCGUAUGUCAUCUCACGCUACAUCGACAAUCCAUUGCUCAUAGGUGGCAAAAAGUUUGAUCUACGUUUGUAUGUGUUGGUCGCAUCGUUUCGUCCCUUGAAAGCUUAUCUAUUCAAGCAAGGAUUCUGUCGGUUUUGCACGGUUAAAUAUGAUACGAGUGUCACGGAGUUGGAUAAUAUGUAUGUGCAUCUGACUAAUGUGAGUGUGCAGAAGCAUGGCGGUGAAUACAACACGUUGCACGGUGGCAAAUGGUCGGUGCAGAAUCUCGCACUCUACUUGGAAGGCACUCGGGGCAAAGAGGUCACAGAUCGUCUGUUUGGCGCCAUCUCCUGGCUGAUUGUGCACUCUUUGCGUGCUGUGGCGCCGGUGAUGGCCAGCGAUAGGCAUUGCUUUGAGUGCUAUGGGUAUGAUAUCAUUAUUGAUAAUGCCUUGAAACCUUGGCUAGUGGAAGUGAAUGCUUCGCCUUCGCUAACUUCAACUACGGUCAACGAUCGCAUUCUGAAGUAUAAGCUAAUCGACAAUAUUUUGUCGGUGGUUCUGCCACCAGAUGGUGUGCCAGAUGUGCGCUGGAAUAAGGUACCCAGUGCUGAUGCUUUGGGCAACUUUGAGCUGCUCAUCGAUGAGGAGCUGGCGGCUCAGGAUGAAGCACAAAACAGUAGCAACAAUUCGCAUGCCAAAUCAUCGAAACUCAACAGCCGCUGGAAGUGACAUAGGUAAUCAGAAGAAUAAAACAAAACAGACUAUGUGUUAUUUUUAUCAAUAAAUAUGACUUAGAAUAGAAUUAUUGGAGUGACUAUUUUUUGAAACAAGAUGUGU